GGAAGACAGCGGGAGAAGAAGGGAAGAGGGCGAGAAAAGCCGAAAAAUAAAACCUCCCCUCCCCUCCCCCUGUUCGUCGUUCUUCUCGGUUCGAUCCACUCCAGCAGCCCCAAAUCCCGGCCCGAUUCCUCCCCAAAUCCAAUCGACUCCCUGCCGAAAUCCACCCUCCCACUGAUCGCCGCAAGCUCCCGGACACGGAGCAAGCAAUUUCGCGCCGCAAGAACUGCUCGCCGUCCGUGGACAAAAGCCCUCGCCCGACUCUCCCAACCUCUUUUCUGUUCGUCCUGACCAUCGUCUUACGCGCCUCGCCGCCAUCGCCGUCGCAGUUCUUCCUCGUCUCGUCUCGACAUCCGCGUUCCUGCUAUCUGCACCCCGUCCGCAGCCUUUGGGUUUCGAGAUCCGCCCUUGAUGGCGGGGGAGGAGGCCGCGGAGGGAAGCGGGAACAGGAGGCGGAUGGAUCUAAACCUGUACCUGGGCCUCCCUCCAUUGCCGCGGCCUCCAGGUCGGCUGGGCGUAGCUAUGGAUCGCCCGCCGCCGCCCAACUCGGCCAUUCCGGUUCCGGAAUCUCCAAGAACAGAUGAGCCUGCAGUAUUACCGGCACCAGAGGAGAUGCCGCCACUGCCCGUUGUAUACUCGCCGUCCAAUGCGCUCUCCACGCCGGAGCUAUCGCUGAUAGAUCCGAUGCUCUUUGAUUGGCUUGAUGGCCUCAGUACGGACAGUGAAGAGGCUCUUGAUGCUGGUGAACCGGCUGUGGUGCGCGACACGCCCUCACAUGAUGCCAAUGUAUCACCACCGCCGCCAGCGCCAUUGUCUCUUCCUGGGCUGGAAGGGGUUCGCCUUGAGUGGGUGGAAAGGCUUUCUCACCCUAUUCUGGUGGCUCCUGCAGCCGGAGCAGAGAUGGUGAGCACGAGGGUGAUGAGUCAAUCUAUGGGGGCUGCGAAUGCAAUUGAAGACAUGACGCCUGAGCUCCGCCUGCAGAGGUUGAUCCAGGUGAGUGAACAACACCGCAUUGUGCGGCCAGGGUCAGUGAACCGCAACCAGCGGGCGACCAGCCCAGAAGCAGAAAGACUGGCGCAAGCCAUCCAGCGGUCUCACAGCUCUCUAGACGCAUCAAGGCGGCAGAAGCUCGAUGGUGAUGGCAAGAUGACAGGAACAGGUGCCGUCAAGAAGGACGGGAACUGUGGGUGCAACUCCAGUUUCGAGUGCAAUAUCUGCCUUGAAGCGGCUAAAGAGCCCGUGGUUACACCGUGCGGCCACCUCUUCUGCUGGCCAUGCUUGUACCAGUGGCUCCAUGGACAUUCAGCCCACUCUGAGUGCCCUGUCUGCAAGGGAGAGGUGCUCGAAGUAAAUGUCACACCAAUAUAUGGAAGAGGAGGCGGUGAAUGGGACGCCUCCAGCAAUGAUGUUCCUCCCAGACCACGCGCAAACAGGAGUGAGAGCUUGAGGCAGCAACUGCAAAUGCCAGACCCAAGAGGCAUUGCAAGCAUGGUGAGACGGUUGAUAGAAAACCAGGAUAUAGUGAGAGGCCAGGCAGCUCCACCUGCAGGCGGGGUUGAGGUGACUGUACUUCCCGCAGCCCGGUCAAGGGCUAGGGUACGGAGACAGCAAAGACACAGUCUUGUUUCACCCUCCCCAAUAAUGCUGCGUGCAAGCAACGCGGCCCCUGAGAGUGGCAAUCAGGUCCGAUUGCCGUCUUCUAAUUCUGUUAAUGCUGCACCCGCAGUUACUCAGCAGUCGUCAUCCAUGGAGCAGGCAUCGACUUCUAGCACCCUGGCUGUUAUAGUGGGACAGGCAGCCCAAAGUAGGAGAUCCAGACCUUCGGAGUCCACAACCACAAGAAGAACAAGGAGGAGGCAGCAGCAGUAGGUAAAAGUGGUGCUGCCAUUUUCUCCAAUAAAACAUAUAUAGAUCAUACUUUGUCUGUACCAUGUCAUGAUGUCAAGCUCCAAAAACAUAGUCAAGAUUAUAAGGUAGGAAUGUAUAUGCUAUUGCUUUGCUCAUGUAUACCUUUUUCAUGGAAAAGGAAUUAUUAGCAUGUAUGUGGGGAUAAAUUUCCCUGAUAUUGCAUCUGUUUGUUUUUCAGUGAAUUGUUAAUUGUUAUCUCUGUACUGUGUAUGCCUAAAUUUGAAGAUAGUUAAUUUCCUCAGCUAAUAGUUUUUGUACCGUCAA